AAAAAAUUUAAAAAAUUAUUAAGUAAAUAAAUAAUUUGCUUAUUAGAGUAAAAAAGUAAAAGUAAGGCAAAAAAAUACUUAAGUAAAUAAAUCAAAUAAAUGAGUUUAGAUGAAGAGGGAACAAGUGAACACUAUCGAUAGAAAACUUUCCUUUUAAACUAAACUGAGUAGGAUUUAAACAGGUUAAAGCAUCUGCAUGAAAGAUUGGAAGAUUCAUGCCAUAGUGAAUAGUAGAAUUAAAGUAGAAUUGAAGAUAUUUCAACGUUUCCUUUAAAUUAAGUUCAUACAAAAAAGAGCUAAAUUGAUAAUGAACAUUAUUACUAGACAGAAUAAUGCAGUAAUAAUUAAAGUAAGCUCUCUUAAAAAAACAAAGGAACACUAAACAAGAGUUUCACAUAAUCCCACCUAUAUAGCCGCAAUAAAUUAGAAGAAUUUGAAAUAAUUUCAAAGUCUCCAACUUAAAAAGUUAUAAAUGUGUAAUUAAAUGAUUUAAAACAAGAAAUAUAAAGGGAAGAAAACAAUUUAGUUAAUAAAUCUUCAAAUUCAUUUAUUUCUAAAUUAAGAGACCAAAAACUCACAUCAAAAAAAACUAAUAGCAAGCCUUCUACUGCUUUUGAUAUAAAAAAAAUGUUCUUUAUUAAAAGAGGAGUAGUUAACUUUUUUAAAAAUAAAACUCUGUCAGGAAGAAAUUACCUCUUAAAAAACAAUAAAAUAAAGUAAUUUAUAAAUGAUUAGGCUUCUAUUGAUGAUUAAAUUUAAUAAUCUUGGAUUAAACUCUAAAUUGAAAAUCUAUUUGGGCAUAUUAUUGCUUGCAUGUACUACUUGACGGGUAAAAUUGAAUUAGAAUUUUUAAAUAAUGAUACAACUUGGUUCGAUGAAAGUAUAGGCUCAGAUGGAACUUGGUGGAAGUUAUAUCUUCAAGCCUUCUAUUGGUCACUAACAUUAAUGGCAACAGGAUCUAAUGAAGCAAGAACAACUUUAUAAAUUUUCUUUACUUCGUUUAUAAUGUGCUUUACAACAAUUAUAUUUGGGUACUUUAUCAGUGUAAUUGGUAUUAUUCUUGUUCAAAUGGAUGAAGAAGAAGAUAAUAAGAGAAGAGACAUAAAUAUUAUCAAUGAUUUUAUGAGAAGGCGAAAUAUUAGCAAGAAUUUGUAAAGAAGAGUAAAUUUAGACUUGGAAUACUAUUAUAAAAAGAAUUUUAAAAAGAAAUAAAUUGAAAAUUAAUUAGUGCUUAGUAAAAUAUCUUAGCAUUUAAAUGAAUAAAUACUUAGGGAGUAUUAUGGUAUUAUAAUUUAAAAAAUAUCAUUUCUGAACUAAAAUUUUAGUGAAUAAUCUAUAAAUUAAUUAUGUUUAACAAUGGAAGAAGUUCAAUACUUACCAAACUAGAUUAUUUAUGAUGAAAAUGAUCAUGAUGAUUUUAGCCUUGUUUACAUUUAAUCAGGAGAGGUUGAACUUAUUCAAACAACAUCUAAGGAUAAUCACAACAAUCAUAUAAUUGAUACUAUUAAGUAAAAUUCUAUAUUAGGAUAAGAGAAUUUCUUUACAGGUACCUUAAGAAGCUGUCGGGCAAGAGCUAAAACAUUCACUUCUGCGAUAAAAAUUUCAAGAAAUAAAUUUAUAGAAAUAAUUAAGAAUAAUGAAAGUGAGUAUGAAAAAUUUUUAUUUAUAAAAGACAAAAUACUUUUGUAUUAAAAUUAUGAUACAAUCAAAAUAAGUUGCUAUAUUUGUAAUAAAUUCUCUCAUUUCACAGGAGAUUGUCCUCUUGUUCAUUUUGAUAAAAAUGAAAGUUAUAAUAAGAUGGGAUAUCUUUAAAAAGUUAAGUAAUAAAGAUCUCCAUAUAAAAGAAGUAAAUAAAAAUCUCAAAACACCUUAUUACUAAUAACUAAGAUCAAUUAUGCAACACAAUAAUUAAUUUCUAAUCAAAAUUUUGAUGGCUUUGCAUAAGAAAAUGAAGUUAGUGAGGUAUCUACUGAAAGUCCAUUUUGUGAAGAAGGAGAAAUAUCUUAAGAAUUGAGCAAAGGUUAAGAGGAAAUAAAAAAAUCUGAUGAAAAUAUUCUAAGUAAAGAUCUAUCUCCUACAGUUAAUAAAAAUGAAUUACUGUUUAAUAAAUAAGAAGACGAAAAAGAAGAAGUUUAAGAACAAGAAUAGGGAUAAGAAGAAUUAGAUUUACUUUAAAUUUCAAAUAAAGAUUCUUUAUAAAAAAAUUUAAAUAUAUGCUCACCAUUAAAAUUAAAAAAAGAAUAUUCAAAAGAAAAUUAGUUGAAGCCGUUAUAAAUAUAAUAAACUAUAUCAGAAGAAUAUAAUUUUGACUCUAAAUAAAAGAAAUAAAAUGAAAAAUAAAUGAGUUUGAGCAGCUUAAAGCAUAUUAGUAAACUAGAUAUGUUUUAAUAGUAAAGUUAUCUUGAGUAAAUGGCAUCUUCUCCUUUAGCUAUCUAGUCUCCUUCAAAAAGAAUGAUCAAUAGAAUCUAAAAAAGAAACUCAACAAAUUUGGCAGAAAAUCGUAGAAAUGCUACACGUCUGUAAACAGCUAUACAAUUCAAAUCAAUAUUAGAUAUAGAAGAAAGUAAUAACAAAUUCCGAAAAGACCUAAUAUUGUGGAAUUUUGAUCUUUAAAAAGAUUAUCAAAUAUAUUUUCCUGAAGGCAAUAAAUUAUUUAGAAUAUAGCAGUAAAAUGCUUAGCUCAAAAAAAAAUAAAAGAAAUAACUAAAAAAAUAAAACAAGAAAUAAUUAAUAUUUUGA